ACCCGUAUCUCUCUAAUUAAUUAACUAUAUAAACUAAGCGAAACUAAAUGGCUAAUAUUCCUUUAACGUUUGUCUCAGAUCAGAUCACAUUUAAAUAGUCUGUAUGCCAGCCAUACGCAUGCUUAACCGACCAACAUUCAGGGGGCUAUAAUGCUACGUUUAGACUUGACGGAAAUCCAACAUUUGAUGGGUAAAUGUAUGUAUUUUGUAUAUUUAAACAAAGUACAUCCAUCCACAUGUGUUCGUGAAUGCAGCUCCUCGCCUCUAUUCCGGAACGAAAGUAUCUGAGGGUGGCAGUCAGCGGGGAACGAAAACAAAGUUGGACCACUUGCCCUGUCGACGAUCUGAGGGCACGUGUGCGUUCACUACAUAAAUUAACUGCAAAAAUGCCGAAGGCGGCAAAGGGAAAGGGGCCUUUGGAGAAGAAAGUUGUUCAUCCGUAUAGUCGGAAAGCUGCGUACAUGGCCAGAGCGGUCAUAAAACAGGAUAAGAAGGAAAGACAGAAGAGCGAAAAAGCGCAAAGACUUAACCUAAUUCGAGAAAAGCUCUUGUUCUUUCAGAAUCAACUGGACUCCGAGAAGAAAGAAUAUUCCAAACAAGACACCUGCAACAUAAUUGAAAGAUAUCUUCACCGGUUUGAUGCGGAGCUGGAGCAGAUUGAAUUGGCGAACAGUAUUAAGGGUCGCCAGGGACGACUGCAUGGGGCUAGAGAGGCUGUCAUCAAACAGACGAUGGAGCGCGAGCGAGCACAGUAUGAGGGGAAUGGUUUUGAAAUUCCAGAUGUCAUGAACUCCAAGCACCUUAAAGUUUUCAGAGAGUGGGAUGGAGACCUGAAGAAGCUGCCUAAUAUUAAGAUGAGGAAGCUCUCUGCUCGAGGACUGAGUCAGGAGAAUCAGCAGCACAAACUCACAGAGGAAGAAGAGAAUAUUGGGGAACAUGAUGAUCAGCCUGCAUCUGAUGUUGACUUUGAAGAUGAAGAUUUAUGAUUCUGUGUAUGCUUACAUGGACAGAAAAUGAAAAAAGGAGAUUGUCCAUACUGAAUACAUACCAUCUCUCUCCAGUUACUCUCAAAAAACACAGGCACAACCGUUUCUGUACUCUGACCAUUUUAUUUCACCAAUGUUGCAUGUUUUACUUGAACCCCUCAUUUGGGUGGACUGGGCAGUACACAAUUUACUGCCAAACAUGAUCUAAUUUGUCUCGUUUCUCAGCCCCAAUUCAUGUUUGUUGCAGCAUUGUAGUUGAUACAUUGAAAAACUAUGAUUGCUUUGAUUCUUUUUGUCUUCUGAACCUGAACAGUGACAAUUAAAAAUUUAAAGUAAAA